GGUGGAGCCUCAGUACCGCCAUACCCGCCAAAGCACGAGCACCGUGACAGCCCGCACACACGCCUCGACCCGCGGAUUUUUGGAACUCUGACCCCCCUAAUGGGACUUGCCACUGGCUUUUCCGCCGACCUUUCGACUCGCGUGCACGCGUGUGAUCGUCUCUCGUGUGGACUUCCUAGACGCUUGGAUUUUUUCUUUUUUUUUUUUUUUUCUUUGGUCUUGGAUAGAAACGUUAAAUAUGCAACAAAGAUCAGGGAAAAUUAGCAGUGAUUGUCAUUACUGUCGUUCCCACAUCUCGGAAUGAAAGAUCGUGUGACUAUCGGUGGAACUGUUACUUGUACAACGUGGUGUGACACGUAUGGACUGUUUCACGGUGAACGUGAUUUUGGAUGAUUCGAAACAAACGAUGGAUAAUUCUGUGACCAUCUCUCGUGCAGUUUCAGUUUUCGUUGUUACUGACUCUUGACAACUGAUGGAUCUUUCUCUAAUACUGUGUAAAAGUCUGUCGAACGAUCUCGUAAGAGAUUGGAUCUUCCUCCAGUGACGUGCCAGCUCGAAAGAGUAGACCCCUCAGACCGAUCUUCGCGACGAUUCCAGGAACUACCCAAAGUUAAAUUGUCCCGCUCCCAGCUUGAAACUCAGUACGUCAAUUCGUCACUUUACAAACAGCAUACAUCGCCGUCGGUCGAGCGAUCGCAAGCAAUAAACGUCAACAGACGUCAAGUUUGUAAGCCAGAGUAGUCAUCCGACGGAAAGCUCUCAAUCACUCGGUCCGUCUGAUCUUCGUCAAACGCUAUGAAGUAACACGAGAUGCGGUCCGUUCAUCGUCGAGAGUCAUCCGAGUCUCUUUAGAAUCAAAUCAGUGUUGGUGAAAGGGAAUUAAAGGGACGAGAAGCGAUCAUCAAAAGCAAUCGUCAAAGAGCGAGAAAGUCUGUUGAGGAUCGACGGACUAUGCGAUCGUGGAUCGAGGGUGGUUCGUAUCGUCGGGCACGGGGUGUCAGACAGGACGAUCUUCCCUGAUCCUGGACGAGCAGGCAGCGAAGGCACCGUCAGUGGCGCGGCUCGAUAGCGGCGAGAGCAAAAUGCCGGAAAAGGAGGUGGCCUAUCAUCAGGAGGCGUUCUCGCUGUUGCCGCCGCCGCCGCCGCCGCAUCACCCUCACUCGGCGUUCCACGCGGCGUUUCAUCCGCACCCGCAUCCGCCGCCGCCGCCGUUUCAUCCGCACCAUGGCCCACCGCCUCCGCCUCAUCCAGCCGCGGCAGCCGCCGCCGCAUGGGAGCAUCACGCGGCUGCCGCUGCCGCCGCUGCCGCUGCUGCUUUCCACGCUCCGCCACCUCAUCCAUUGUCGAGCAGCACGACGGCGAUCGGCAGUGCAGCCACCGGUGGCGGUGGCGGAGCAAGCAGCGGUGCCAGCGGCGGCGGUGGCGGUGGCGGCGGUGGCGGUGGUGGCGGGGCAGCCGGCAACGGGACUUCCGGCGGUGAUUUCCUCCGCAGAAGUCACCCCCUCUCGGAGCAUACGGCCCUGCAUCCCGCCUACCGGCUCAACUACAUGGACCACCUUUAUCACCAGCUCCAGGCCUCCACGCACAGUCCCAACGCCUCGUUACACGGACUGGGUGGUUUGGGGCCCGAGUACCUUCUGCACGCCGCGGGACCAGCAAGCACUCUCGCUUCCUCGGAAUUCCCCUUUUCCAUCGACGUGUCAGCAUCAUCGAGGUUAGGAAGUCCAAGGGCAUCGGCGAUCAGAGCGAGCCGGAAGCGAGCGUUGAGCAGUUCCCCGUACUCAGAUCGUUUCGACAUCGACAGCAUGAUCCGAUUCAGUCCGAACAGCUUGGCCUCCAUCGUCAACGGAUCACGGAGUAGCAGCGCGAGCGGCAGCUACGGCCAUCUUUCUGCCGCAAUGAGUCCGGCUUUGGGAAUGCAUCCGGGGAUGGCACCACACCUGCAACAGCUUCAGGCGCAUAUUUUGAGGAGCGCAGCUGCUCUUCUGCCCCACGCCCAUCCUCUGCAACCCCCUGCGCCACCACCACCGCCCCCUCACCCACACCCCCAUGCUCACGGAUUGUCGCCACACUCGCAAUUAUAUCCCGGCGUGCCACCCCAUUCCACCGCCUCGGCAACCCUUGGACCUCACGGAGGAGGAUUGCCGCCAAAAACUGAGAGUGCAGAGUCGUGCAGAAAGGCGUCGGAGUCGUCGACCAGGUCGGUGACGGCUGAGGCAGACACGUCUUCGAGGAGAGCUUCGACGAAGGUGAAGAGGGAGCCUGCCACGACGACCACGAACGCCACCACCACCACUGCGCCACCCACUCACCCCCAAGGACUCAGUCCCAGCGAAGACCUUCGAGACGAGCCUGGCGACUUUAUCGAAACGAAUUGCCACUGGAGAGACUGCGGCCUUGAAUUUCCUACCCAGGAUGAUCUUGUUAAACAUAUUAACAACGACCACAUACACGCGAACAAGAAGAGCUUCAUCUGUGGUUGGGAGGAGUGUUCGAGGGGGAAAAAACCGUUCAAAGCUCAGUACAUGCUGGUGGUACACAUGAGAAGGCACACUGGUGAAAAGCCUCACAAGUGUACCUUCGAGGGAUGUUUCAAGGCGUACUCGCGCCUGGAGAACCUGAAGACGCAUCUGAGGUCCCAUACUGGGGAAAAGCCAUACACUUGCGAGUAUCCCGGUUGCAGCAAGGCCUUCAGCAACGCCAGCGAUCGGGCGAAGCACCAAAACAGGACUCAUUCCAACGAGAAACCCUACGUCUGCAAGGCGCCAGGCUGCACGAAGAGGUACACCGAUCCAUCCUCUCUGAGGAAACACGUGAAAACUGUCCACGGUGCGGAAUUUUAUGCCAAUAAGAAACACAAAGGAGGCGGCGGAGACGGCGGAGGAAGCGACGAAGCUGGCGCAGGCGGCCACAGUCCAAGCAGAAGCGAGGAUCUUCAUCCGAAGACACCGAGUUUGUCGAGCCCAAGCGUGAAGUCCGAGAGCGAAGCGAACAGUCCACCUAGUAUGAUGCAGCAACAGGGUAGCCCGUUAGUCGGUGGUUGCAACGAUGAAGUCGCUGGUGUCAGCGCGUUGACGGGUGAUGGCGUGGCCUUGGCCGAGGAACCUUGGGACGAGGAACCUGACGACCUGGAUAUCGCCGAUCUGCCGGUUGCUCUUCGUGCCAUGGUUGGCGGAAUGGAGUCGCAGCAGCAGCAGCAGCCUCCUCCCCCCGCUUCGAGGAACCGCCUGAAAGGCAGACUGAACGCAAAGGGCAUGCCAAACCUGCCCGUAAGCGUGUCCGGUAUGAGGGGGACACGUGGCAUGGGUCCACAGGGUAACAUCGGCGACCUGAACAGGAGGAUCACUGACCUGAAGAUGGAGGGUGGCGGUCCCGCCCGUCAAACGAGUCUUUCCGACUUGCAACUCAGGCUGCAACCUCUCAACGAGCCACGAAGGGACAGCAACAGCACGGUCAGCACCUAUUACGGUAGUAUGAAGUCCACGGACUUUGGUAGCAGACGAAGCAGCCAAGCCAGCGGUGUCAGCGCUGUCAGAAUAGGCCAGACCGGGCCUGGCAGCUUCUACGAUCCAAUCAGUCCAGGAACGUCGAGGAGAAGCAGUCAAAUGAGCACCACUUCCGGUAGAAUGAACCCACCGAGUCACCUACAGGGACCUUACUCGACCAGCAACCUUGUCGUUCAAACGCAGAACAUGUCUCUUCAGGGUAUCCAAGGUAUGCCAGGAGAUUGGAGCGGCCCGAGCGGCCAUUGCACGCAACCAUCCGGCGACCGCCGCAUGUCGGAACCUACCAGAGGUCACCAAACGCAAAGGAAUUCACCGCCUGUACCACCCAGGCCAAGAUCAGCUCAGCUUCCGGAACAUCAUCCCAAUCAGGAAGUCAUUCUAGACGAGGUUGGUGAAGGUGAAAUGGUAGAGAAUAAGCUGGUCAUUCCCGAUGAGAUGAUGCAGUACUUGAACCAGGUUCAAGCAGGAGGAACCCAAGUCAACUGUCGCAGCAGUCCCCUGCCGAUUUGCCAGUCGCCGAUUUGCACAAAUCCCCUGCACUAUCAGCGUCAGAUGCAGCCUACUUGCAACUACAACCAAUCUCACCAGCAGACCUGCUAUCCACCGUCGCAACCAGCUCAACCAUCCUGCACCAAGUAUCAAAAUACCUCGCCGUCUCCUUACAACCAAUGUCCCAGCUCCAGACCCCCGCAAUCUAAUUCACAGUACUGUCCUCCACCUACUUAUCCGUCUCAGUCAAACGGUGGACAGGUGCUCAGUCCGGCAGCGGGUCAAGUGAUGUCGCCAGGUUCUCACUACGCUCCCAGCCACAUCAGCGAUCAGCCUCUAACAUCGCCGGCGGCUGGUGCCCUCGCGCCUCAACAUCCUCCGCAGAAUCUUCCUCAGAAUUCAGCUCAACUGACCAGGAACUGUCCCCAAAGUCACAUGCAUCACAGCUACUACCCAGGCUACAACUGUCAGGGGCAGAUGAACGCGAACUGCACGGGAACUCCAAGUAGCCAAGUGAACCAUCACGCGAGUCCCCCUUGUGCACCACCGAAUCACGGCUCUAUGAAUCAACCGCAGUGCGUGCAGAUGCGUUCUGCUGGAAAUUGUCAGCCACUGUCUCCGCAUUGUGCUCAACAGCCAGCCAUUCCCAGUCAGACGACCAUGAGUCAUCCUAAUCCACAGUGUGGUCAAGUAGCCAGUCAGUGUUCCAGGCCAAUGGUAACGCCCAACGGCCAGGUGCCAAACAUUCAUCCAGCUCAGCAAACUACCGUGCCUAAUCAGUGUGCUCAGAUGUCACCGCACUGUUCUCAACUGAAUAUGAACAAUCAGGCCAAGCCUGUCGCCAAUUUGACCAGUCUCCAAGGUUGUCAGCAACAGACGCAGCAGCAAAACACUCCGUGCCUGCAAAUGACCAACUGCACUCAUCCGAACGGCGGUGGCCACAGAUCAGUGAACGACUCGACUUUACCCAAGAGGACGUCACCGCAGUUGUGCACCGUUCAGCAGGCCAACUGUAGGAUGCAACAGCAGCAGCAUACUUGCACGCACGGUUGUCAGGCUCGAGGGAAUCUUCCGAACCAUCAGCAAUACAGUUGCAGCUGCCAGUGGGGUUACGGUGGAGAUCAGUGUUACCACGAGCAAACGGGCGCUGCUUUGCCGGAGAUUCAGUGCAGAGACAUCAGUCAGUCUCAGCAGGGAUCGCCGAUGAAGCCUCCUCAGGGUAUGAGGCAAGAUUCGUACAGAAGGACACUGGAGUACGUGCAACAGUGUCGAAACUGGUCUGGCAACGCGCAGACUCACGAAACGAACGUAUCCAGUUCCACUCACCCCAUGUCACUGCCACAGCCUUUGCCAUCCAGCGCCAACAUGGUGGUGAACGACAUGACCUCCUCGUUGAGCUCGUUGCUCGAGGAGAACAGAUACCUACAGAUGAUUCAGUGAACACGCUCUGUUGGCGAUAAUAAAUAUAUAUAUACAUAUAGAUGAAUAUAUAUUUUCUAUCGUAACUUUUUUUUGAUACUGUCGUUUGAUAAGGGACAUUCUCGGAGAAUGACGAAGAAUUCAUCGGAAUUCACGUUUUAUAUUUUUAGAUCAAUAAAAGAGAGAUCAGAGAUGAUCUUUCUUUACUUUUUUUUUUUUUUUUUAUUCUUCGUGCCUUUUGUACUUGUUGAGCGUACAACGACGAUCGUUGAAAUUAAUUAAGAUCACGAGCUCGGAUAAUGGGCGACAUCCUCGAUGUUUGAGUGAACGAUUGCAAUCGAAGAAAAAAUAUGUAUUACGGCGAGAGUUCAGCAAUGUUUUUUUUUUCUAUUGUGCUGCGUUUUUUCUAGAACUGUGUUAGCGAUGUAUUUUGUACAAAAAUCGAGGGAACACCUCGGGGUGCCUUAACAGAGGAGCUAAGCUCAAAUACAAACUACAAAGAGUAAUUUAUUAUUUUCGGAGAAUCGUGUUCAAAAUUCUCUCGAGCGAAAUUUAUAUAUUUAUACAUACGUGUAGGAUUAUCGAUGUUACGCUUACGUGCGAGAUACGUUUCUCGGAUCUUCUGUCUGUCGCGCAAAAUAAAUUUCACCCGUAGAAAUGGAUCGAUGACGAGAGAUAUUUCUUCCAGAGCAUCCCUUCCACCGUAUUUUUGUACGACCGAGUCUUUUCAAUGUGCCAACAUUAUUGUGUUUCACAAAAAUGACGAUGGUUCUCCGCGAUGGCGACAACGCGAGUUCUUGCUAAUGAGAUUAAUCAGUUACAAACUACUACGGCCAAUGUUAGAACGUAACGACGUGUAGAUAGAUCACGUUAACGUAAUUAUUGAUCAACAGUUAGAUAAUCACAUUUCGCGAAAGUGUAUGUGACUGUGUGCGCGCGUGCGAGCGAACUGAGCGAAUCGAGUGGCUGCGUUUCGCGAGGAACUGUAUUGUAAAGAGAAGCGUAAAAAUAUAGUUUGAGAAAAUAUUUCUAGAUUAUAUAUAUACAUACUUGUCCGAAUCUCUCUAGUUUUUAUAAAAUGUAUUAUCCAGUCCGGUGCCUUUUAUCGUCACGCCGCCGUUCGACGAGAGAUCGAACGAGUGCGUGGAAAAAUUGACAAUUUAGCGUACCUAGAGCUAUUUCUCUCUCUCUCUCUCUCUCUUUCUCUCUUUUUUUUCUUUUUUGUUAUACAAACGAUUUUGUACGAAUUUUAUUAUAUCUACAGAGUGCCAGGAGUCUUGUGAAUAUUAUACAUAUCUUAUCGUAUACAUAUAGCGUAGUGACUCAAGUAUGCGAACGGAAGAAACAUCAGAAGUGUUUUACACUGUGAGAACUGUUAAUAAACUAAAAAUAAACCCAUCAACGAAA